AUGUCGAGGACGGACGGAUGUACCAGGAACCAGAAUGAAGAUGACGACAAGGACGAGCAGCCACCAAGAUGCAAAAGCCAAGUUGGGUCACCCUUGAGGUUAAAAAACACCCGUGAUGUAACCGAUGCUUUCAAUGUGGAUCCUCUGUACCUCAGGCAUGACCAUCAGGGCCAACAGCCUGACUACCGGCAUUGGCAGAUCCCAUUAAGCAGGCGUUUCCGUUCUCUCAAGCUGUGGUUCGUCAUGCGGUUGUAUGGCAGGCAGGGACUGCAGGACCACAUUAGGAAGCAGAUAGCAUUGGCUCAUGAGUUCGAAGCACUGGUACGCGAAGACUCUCGCUUCGAAAUCUUCUUCCCAGUUACUCUUGGACUGGUGAGCUUUCGCCUCAAGAACGAAAGCAAUGACGUGAAUGAUAGUCUUCUAAAAAGCAUCAAUGCAAGCGGCAUCAUCCACAUGGUUCCUUCCAAGGCCAAGGACACAUACUUUCUCAGGUUCGUAGUGUGCUCCAGAUUUACGGAACACGAAGAUAUUGUCAGAGCCUGGCAAGAAGUGAAGAAAAUGGCUGACAAAGUACAGACCAAGCAUUAACAGAUAUCUACAAAGAAUCUCCCCUUCAGGACACCAUGGUGAUGGCCCUU